AACUAAAAUGGGUUGAGUAUGUUAAGAAUUCACUAAUAAUCCUUUAUGAUAUUAUGAUACCAUUACGUACAAUUAUUAUGUUUCUGUUGUAGAAAUCAAAAAAUAUGUGCGACUAGUUUUUGCGUAUUUAUUAAUUGCAGAAUACAUCAAUUAUCUAAAUUAAUCACACGACCUUGAUGCAUAUAACUUUUUUGUAUAACAGACAAAGGAAAUCACCACAAAACAUUAUUUUAAGCAUUUAUCAAUGCACUCAUACCCAAUGACAACUCAGCAAAUCUUGCCUUACUGACCUCUCAUAACAACAAACACAGCCCAUGAGAUUUGACUAAUUCAAGAUGAUUUGUGUUAAUGGACAUGUUAGAAUUGAAAUCAUCAUUGUUAUUAUAUUCUUUUGUUUUAUGUUAACUGAUUCAGUUUUCACAAAUUUUAUAAUCUAUCGAACAUGUUAUGUUUCAAUGGGCUACAAUCAAACUGAAUGUGCCUUACUGGGGAGCAAAAAUAAAGAUGCCCAAACUGCAAAGUUAGAAGAACUAGUGGAGCCUAAGGCUGCAGUUAUUAACAUGACCCGGUCUUUUACAGAGAACUGUAUUACAGCCUUAUUUUGUCUAUUUGUCGGUCCUUGGUCUGAUAAGUUUGGUAGAAAGCCACUUAUUCUAAGUCCAUUGCUGGGGUAUACUUUGGGAUUUUUAGCCUUAGUUGUGAUUAGCCUUUUUCCCAAUGCCUCACCAUGGUAUUUUGUCAUAUCUUCCCUUCCAGUAUGUAUGACUGGAGGUGUGCCUACAUUUAUAACUGGUGUUCUGUCACAUAUCACUGAUGUUACCACUCCUGCAAACAGGGGCAUGCGGAUGGGUAUUUUUGAAGCAAUGAUAGGAAUAGGAAUAUUUUUAGGCAAUAUUUGUAGCUCAUAUGCAUUUUAUGCAUUAGGGUAUACUGCUGUUUUUGGCAUUGCAACUAGUUGUUGCUGUUUAUCUUUAUUAAUGAGCUAUUUCUUUGUACCUGAAACAUUAGAAAAUAAAGAAACAGAGGGAUAUUUCAGAGGUUUCUUCAACGCAUCUAACAUUGUAGACAUGUUCAAGUCCACAUUUAAGAGACGCGAGAACUUUGAUAGGGCAAUUAUACUUCUAAGUAUACUUUUAUUAACCAUUUAUAUUUUUCUCAUUAAUGGCGAUGGAUCUGUGGUAUUUUUGUAUCUAAGAGAAAAAUUUCAAUGGACACUAGAACAUUACACGUUAUUUAACAGUGCGGGCAAUACUGUGUGGAUUUUGGGUACCAUUUUUGGUAUCUACUUCCUGCACAAGUUACUUAAUAUAACAGAAAGUGUGCUAAUCUUGGUAGGUUUUUUAUCAAUGUGCAACGGACAUUUAAUUGCUGGGUUCGCCACACAAGACUGGCAUAUUUAUAUGGCAAGUGCAGUUAAAUGUUUGGGAGGAGUACUUAGUCCAAUGACGAGAUCUUUAGUGUCGAAAUUGGUACCUGCCGAAGAAAUUGGCAAAAUAUUCGGUAUGAUUAUCACUUCAGAGUCACUAUUUGGAAUUUUAGGAUCUCCAAUAUACACAUUAAUUUAUAAUAGUACUAUUAAGAAGGAUCCGUCCAUUUUCUGUUUUGUUACUGCUGGCAUCUACUUAUUUGAAGUAAUAAUUACGAUGAUUAUUAUCAUUCUUCAAUUACGUAGACUUCGACAUAACUAUAAUCGGUUAAAUAACGAGGAGGUUAAUGGUGACAUUGCCACAUCCUCUGGAAAUACAUAAUAUAUUAUUUUACAAUAUAUUGUAAAUUUUAUUUUAUUAAUCUCAAUUAUUGUAAAUAUUAGUAAAUAUAGUACAAUUGUAAAAUUUGUUAAAAAUAUUGUGAUAUUAAAUAAGAAGGGAGAGCAACAAAAUAUAUAUGCAAAUAUAUAACAAUUUAUUCAAAAA